AUGGCCGUUUACGGCGCGCGCUACACGAUAGAGCAAUUGAAAGCUCUUCGUGAGUCGCCUCUAGUACGCAAGCCAGACGAACUGCCCUCGAUCGAUGAGUGGAUAGAAGGUACUCAGCAAUCGCAACAAGAGAAUGGCGGUCGCAAGCCACGCAACCAGUCCCAGAGACCCGAAGAGCCUGCUCCAAUGGGCAACUUCUCAUCACAGAGACCAUCAUUACUACAGACUAGACACACAUCACGCUCUGCCCAGCAGCCUGACGAAAUCGUACUUGGUCCACCAAAAACAUCGUUCGCAUCAUCUCGCAACAUCAACAAGCUCGAAGAGCGUGAGCAGGAACAAGAGUCACCUGCUGCCAACCAGCGCUCGCGCUUCUUCCGUGACAGAGAGACUACAAAGACUGGCAACAACAGAGACUGGCGCUCGUCCAAGCAACAGCAAGAAGACGACGAUGCUUUCGCUUCCGAGCCCAGAUUCACACCGCGCCAACCGCGCGAAGGCAAUGGCAAUGGCUUUGGACAGCGCUUCGAUCAGCGCUGGGCCCGCGACAACCUCGACCGUGACCGUGGCGGUGACCGUGAGCGCGAACGUGAACGUGAACGUGAGCGAGAGCGAGAGAGACCUAGUCAGCGCGGUGGCUGGCGAGACAAGGCUCGCAACGAGCGUCAACAGGAUGCUCCUGAGAAGGAGCCAGAAUGGAUGGACGAGCCAUUGGAGAAGGAGAAUAAGAAUCAGAUGCACACACAGGAAGACUUUGAGCAGUGGAAGGAGCGUAUGAAGGCUGCUAACAACGGAUCCGCUGCCGAGACCAAGCCAGACACCUUUGCCGAUGGCGUCGCCACUCCUGUCAAGUCAACGCCGGCACAUUCAAAACCACAAACCCCGAUGGUAGAAGCGCCUGGCUUCGACAAGAGUAUCUUCGGAUCCUGGGGUGAGAGCAAAAGGCUCGAGAGUCCUGUCGACACGCGCGCGAUCAAGGCUCCGGCUGGAGGAAAGGGAAAGUCUUCUCGCUUCGCAGCCAUGUUUACUCCCAAAGAGGAGACUCGACCUGUUGUUGAAGAGGCUGCCACCCCCGCUGCACUAGAGUCAAACGAAGACAAGCAAGGCUUUGCCAGAAUCAUGGCCGGCCUCCGUAGAGGACAAUCACAGUCCGGCGGUGUCGACUCGCCCAUCAAAGAGCAAGAUGGAAGAGGUCCACCUGCUGGUCCGCCGCCUGGCUUUGGCCUCCAACCAUCUCAAGACCCUCUGGCUGCACUGUUCGACAAGGGCCCUUCAUCGCAUCAGUCUCCUCGACCUCAGUCUGGUUUUGCUUCCGACUCUUUCUUACCGCCUCCAUCUCAGUUCAGCCGUCCCACUAGUAACGUCGCCUCCCCUGAUCCAGCAUCUAUGAAACCGAACAACCCUGUUUCGCAUCUACCUCAGCAGAUGCAGAACAUCUUCCUUGACCAAGCUCCUCGCAAUGGCUCAACGCCCGAAAACUUCAACCAACAACACUCACGCAAGCAGAACUCAUUGAACAAGGACUCGGAGUUCUUGCUCAACUUGAUUCAAGCAAAGAACGCCAACAGAGCUCCUCCUCCGGCUCGCAGCCAACACGAGCCUGAACCUUUCCAGCUCUUCCUUGACCAACCACCGAAGACUCAAACUCAGACUAUUGCGCCUAAGCCGCAAGCUCCUCGUCCUACUGAAUCGAUCGAGGAGCAAUUGUUCCGUGGCAACCAAAACAUGGAUCAGGGUCGUCCUCGCGCUCCUCCUGGCUUCAUCGAGGAUCCCUCGAUUGUAUUGCAGCAAGCUCAGCGCAGCUACCCUAACGGUCCUCUUCAGCCGCGCCGCCAGAGCACUGCCCAGCAGAUGCCAAACGCUGGUCCUGGUGCUCCCCAAGACUUUCCUCCUAACUUCCCAUAUAUGACCGGCGGCCCUCCGCCUCCUGGUCCCGGCGACCGCCUCCCUCCUGGUUUCAAUCCCAACAUGCGUCACCCUCCUGGCUUUGCAAACAUGCCCAACAUUUUCCAGCAGCCUAGCUCACAGCCUCCACAGCAAGGCGGAAACAUGCAAGGCCCUCCUCCCGGCUUCCCAUCAGGCAUGGGUAUGCCGCCUCCCGGAUUUGGAGCUCACGGUCCUCCCCCGCCUGGCUUCUUUAACAACCCAAACCACAUCCCCGGCGUGCCCCCUGGCUUCGCUCCUCCGGGCAUGAUGAUGAUGCCUGGCUCUAAUGUCAGAAGCCCCGAUGGUACUCCUGGUAUGCGCAGCCCUCAAGAAGGUCCUGGUAUGGGUAUGCCUAUGCUCCAAGGCAUGGGUGCUGCCUACGGAAACAGGCGCUAG